ACCCCACACUGGAGGACCCGUGAGGCCCAGGGCGCCCGCGCCGAAGCCCCAGCCUCACCGAAGCCCCGCCCCGCCGAGGCCCCGCCCCCGGUGCUGCCAUAGAAACCCAGAAAGCGCCAUGGCUGCCGCCGGUCUCGGAGGAGAGCUUUUGACACUGCCGACGGUACCCAAGUCACCGUCACUUGCGCCACGUCCAGCCGCUCCCAUGCGAGGGAGGCCUAAGAAGUGUCUGGUCUAUCCGCAUCCCCCGAAGAGGUCCCGCGUGUCUCCGUCGGUUCUGCGCUGGCUCCAGGGCCUGGAUCUCAGCUUCUUCCCCAGAAACAUCAACAGGGAUUUUUCAAAUGGCUUCCUGAUAGCAGAAAUAUUCACUGUACACUACCCCUGGGACCUUAAAUUGUCAUCCUUUAAAAACGGAACGUCUUUAAAAGUCAAGUUGGAUAACUGGGCGCAGUUGGAAAAGUUCCUGGCAAGAAAAAAACUUAGAUUACCUAAAGAACUAAUCCACGGAACAAUUCAUUGUAAAGCCGGAGUACCUGAAAUACUGAUACAGGAGGUGUACACCUUGUUAACACAUCGAGAAAUUAAAAGUAUCCAGGAUGACCUUGUGAAUUUCACAGACUACAGUUACCAGAUGCAGUUGCCCCUGGUCUCCAGAUCGACAGCUUCAAAGUCUAUUAAAGAUAACAUUAGGUUAUCAGAAUUAAUAGGCAAUCCGAACAAGCUCAAUAAUGAACGUAAAGUAGAGUUCCUCCUCCUUUUACAAAUGUUGCAAAGAAAAUUGAGCAGAAAACUGAAUCCAAAAUGGUUUGAGGUCAAACCAACACUGGGAGAAUCGACUUUCAGUCAUGGUCCUGCCCAAGCCUGUGGGUGCAAAUGUAAUUCAGUCGUUUCGAAGGAAAGAGUUGCUCCUGUGUGUAAUGGUGGCAAUCCACUUAAAGAAAUUCACAUGAAGCGAGCUGGAAAACGUUCUUGUGACUCUGUGAAACCUAUCAGAUCAGAAGCAUGCAAAGGGGACCCAGAAGAGCACCUGUCUGAUGGGCUUUGAAGAAGCGAUGCCACCACCUCUUGCCACUCUAAAGGGAUACCGUCACCUAGUCUUGGAUAUAUGGCAAUAAUAAGUAAAUUAAAGGGGUGUCUUAUCUAUA